UAACGACUUGCAGCACGGCCAAAGUCGCGAACGCCAUGCUGGACCUUCGCACGAUUUCGGUGGGGUCAUCCACGGACGACCACCUCUUCAAGGCCCGCAUUGAUGAGGAAGCACAGCAGGAGGAGGAGAAGCCGCGCUUCGUGAGGGAGGACCUGCUGGCGCCGGUACUGGGCUCCGCCGUGCUGCUGCCCUACGCCGUGAGCUUUGUGGGGGUCGUGGCGGCCGCCAACCCCGCGCUGCAGAGUCAGAUCCCCACGCUGCUGCCACCUGCUCCAACGUGGACCUCAUCCACGCGGCAUAUCUGGCGGCGAUGGGCAAAGCCUUGACCUUGCAGGGCGUCGAAGGCCCCGAGCUGCUCUUGCACAUCUUGGUGGCGCAAGGGAUGCUGUGCGUCAUGGUUGGCUUUUUGCUGGUCUUGGUCGCAGAGUUGGACGGACUGUACUACAUGCGCUUCAUGCCGUACCAGGUGGGGGCGGGCUUCGUGAGCGGCAUCGGCAUCCUGAUCUUCGACGGUGGCCUGGAGCUGGGCUGCGGCCAAGGGCUCCAGAGCUUGGUGCCCGACUUCUUUCACGCCGUGCUCAACGCGGAGGUGAGCAGCGCUGGAGAGGCCUUGGUGGUGCAGCUGGUCUUGACGCUCGCCUCUGCGGUGGUCUUCCUGCUGCUCAGAGAGGUGCUGCAUUCCUUCUCCUGGGGUAAUGCGGUGCGCCUCCCUUUGGGCUUGGCACUGAUCAGCGGAGGGGUCUACUCCUUCCUCUGGUUGCACCCGCUGAGUCACCAGGAGGUGGAGUUCUGGGGUAUCUUCCUCUCCGGGCUGGUGCCGGACUCCUGGACGCUGGAGUGGCGCGUGCUGGCGCACCUCCAUCACGUUAAGCUGGGCGCUAUCUUCAGUCAACCGUGUGUCUCCUUGACGGUGUCCUACGCGGCUUUGUCCACCUUGGCCUUUACCUUCUUCACCUCGGGCAUGAGGGAUAUGGACAAAGAUUCCGCCAAAGCGGACCUGACCAAGGAAAUUCGCUUUCUGGGCAAGACAAAUGUCCUGGUGGGACUCUUGGCCGGGGUCCCUGUCUCGCCCUCCUUGAAGGUCUUCGUGGUGAUGAAGGAUGCAGGAGCCCGGACUCGCACAUGGGUCUGCUUACUGGGCAGCUUCUACAUGCUCCUGUACUUCGAUGCCGUGCUGAGGUCUUCGCUGUCGGUGAUACCCAAGUGCGCCUUCGGGGGCUUGGUGGUGUCUUUGGGCUUCGAGUUCCUCACCACGUCCCUGGUGGAAUCUCGAGAGCGCAUCGCGGUGGCAGAGUGGCGCUUGGUGGUAAUCACAUGUGUCCUGGUCUACUUCAACGUCCUCAUGGGCAUCCUCUUUGGCGUUGCCAUGACCACCGUCUUCUUUAUGGUGGAAUACUCGGCCAUGACGGGUGUCACCCAGCGCGCCACCAUGCGGGAGGUCAGGUCCCUGGUGGAAAGGGACGACCCUCAGACCGAUCUGCUGGACAAGCACGGCUAUGAGGUGGCCGUGUUCUGGUGCUCUGGCUACAUCUUUUUCGGCACUGCCAAUGACAUCGUGGAUGAGGUUCAGGCCUGGCUGGACAGCUCCCCCACCACGCGGAUCGUGAUCCUGGACUUUGAGCAGGUCCCAGCCGUGGACGCCUCCGGCGUGCAGUCCUUGAUCACCUUCGCCUCCGCCUGCGAAAAGCGGCGCCCCGCGGUGCAUCUAGCGCUCACCGGGCUGGUGCGACGCCUUCACCUCUCAGUGGAACGGGCUGCCAGCGCAGAGAAUGUGAAAAUGAGCCUCAGCACGCACCGCUUGGAAGCCACCCUGGAGUGGGCGGAAGAGCGAGUGCUGAAAGGCCGGGUGAAGACGGGGAAGGUGACCAACGAGGCAGAUCUCUCGGAGCCCAAAGUGACCUCCGCCAAGCUGCCCUCCCGGCCCUCGGAGCACAAACUUCUCGCCGCGAAGUUGGCCCAGAAGAUGUCCAGCGGCUCCGAGCUGCAGGAGAUGCUCGAGGAGUUCCUCGCGGACAUCGCGCCCUCGGCGGAGCGCGAGGAGCGCGCGGCGGUGUGCCAACAGCUCUCCAAGUUCGGCUCCAAGCUGCAGACCUUCGAGAAGAGCGGCCAGAUCUAUGCCGAGGGCGCGACGGCCAAGUACAUCACCUACGUGGUGUCAGGUUCGGUGAACAUCUACCAAAGCAUCAGCGCAGACGAGGCCUUGGCCUACAAGCUGCCACGGCACCAUCUGAACGGCCAGAAGGGCGACGCCUUCGCCUUCGAGGAGGAGAUCGACGUGCGGGUGAGGUGUUUGACCCGGGGCGCCCUGCUGGGGGCCACGGAGUUCGGGGCCUACUGCAGCUGCGGUCGGCCACAGUGGCACGCUUCCGCGCACGCGGCGUGCCCCACACUCGUCCUGCAGGUGCCCUUCUCCGCGCUGGAGGCCGCCCUGGAGUCCAACAAGGCGGUGGGCCAUGCUGUGAUGCUGUGGCUCUUCAAGCUUGCGAGUUUGCAGGUGCUGGAUGUGCUGCAGGGGGCUCGCGUGAAGCCCUACCGGCGUAUCGACCAGGAGGGCGUCUUCAAGAGAGUCACUUCCACUUGCGCCUCGUCGCCGGCGAUCUUCUCGCGGCGGUAAAGUGGGGUUUUCAGGCUGCGCGCCUGAACCAUCGCCACCUGGAACUUCUCGGGACAGGGCGAGGGACAAGAUUUGUCUUGACCUGAUGUGAAUCACUGGCAACUUUGCGCUGCUUGUUAUUUCGAGG